CGCAAGGUCUAAGAAAGUGACGUUUUACGUGCGUGCGUGAGUUCAGUUUCUCAAUCAAGACCGGGAACAGGCUGCGCACGUUCGUUACAGGGCAAGCUGAAACUUCUUUUUAUAACAGCCUCCAAUUGUUUCUGACAUGCCUGGUAAAAAGGCCAACAAGAGGAAGUCUGAAGCUAUAGUGGAAGAUGAUACAGGACCAAAGAAAGUGAAAGUUUCCCACAGGAGCCAUGGCAAAGACGCUGGGCAGGUUCUUGUUCUGGGCCAGGGUGACGUUGGACAGUUGGGUCUUGGCCAGGACAUCAUAGAAAGGAAGAAACCCGCCCUUGUGCCACUCCCAGAGAAAAUUGUUCAAGUGUUUGCUGGAGGCAUGCACACCGUGUGCCUCAGUGACACAGGCAAUGUUUACACUUUUGGUUGUAACGACGAGGGGGCUCUGGGAAGAGAGGGGUCUGAGAUGGCUCCAGGAAAGGUGACACUAGAGGGGAAGGUGGUGCAGGUGUCUGCAGGAGACAGCCACUCAGCUGCACUCACAGAGGAUGGAACAGUGUACAUCUGGGGCUCUUUCAGGGACAGCAAUGGUGUUAUCGGCCUUCUGGAGCCCAUGACAACAUCAAACCUUCCAGUCAAAGUCCCCGUGACAGAGACUGUGGUGAAAAUUACAUCAGGAAACGACCACCUGAUAAUGGUAACACUGGAGGGAAAUCUCUGUUCAUUGGGGAACGCAGAGCAGGGGCAGCUGGGAAGAGUGGCUGGGUGUUUUGCAGACAGAGGAGGCAGAAGAGGUCUUGAAAACUUGCUGCAGCCAAGGAUGAUCCACUUCAAAAAAAAGGUUUGCUUCACUGAUGCCUUCUGUGGGUCAUAUCACACCUUUGCUGUGUCCAGUGAAGGCCAUGUUUAUGGAUUUGGGCUCUCCAACUACCACCAGCUGGGCACUAAAAGCACCAAGCCAUGUUUCUUCCCUGUGAGACUGACGUGCUUCAAAAACUCCACCACCUCCUGGGUGGGCUUCUAUGGAGGGCAACACCACUCACUUUGCCUUGAUUCUGAAGGGCAGGUUUACAGCCUGGGCAGAGCAGAGUACGGUCGUCUGGGUCUUGGCCCAGAAGCUGAGGAGACAGCCGAGCCGACACCGGUGAUGGGGAUGGAGCCGGCCUGUGGAGUGACCUGUGGAGCAUCUGUUAGCUACGCCGUCACUAGAGAUGGAUCUGUGUACGCCUGGGGUAUGGGCACCAACAUGCAGCUGGGUACCGGAGAAGAGGACGAUGAGUGGAGCCCCGUGAAGAUGACAGGGAAGCAGCUGGAGAACCGUGCAGUACUGAUGGCCUCCAGUGGGGGGCAGCACACAGUCCUUUUGGUUAAAGAGAAGCAAGAGCGCUGAUGUCCCUCCCUUGCCGAGUGUGGGGGAUCUUCGGAUGUGUUUUGAGGUGGCCUUGUUCACAGUGCCUAAACCAGGGGGAGGGUCUUAAUCUGUGUCUGAGCCCGAGGAGAGUGAGAGGUUCAGGCCGUUUUAUCAGAACUCUUUUCUUCCUAGAGGGAGGGGAAAUGUUCAUGGAUGUUUGAUAGAUCAUUAAGGUGAGAGUAUUUUUUUUAAUCUAGCAUUCAAUGUUACCUUUUUGUUCAUUUAAAGUCAUUAGUGUGACUAAGGUGAUGGUGAUGUUGGUGGUGUGGCAAAUUGCAUGUAAGUAAAGGGAAGUAAGUGCAAGCCUUUUAAGGAAUUCUAUGAACAGUUUUAAAAUAUUUUUUUCUUUAUUCCAUUCAAAGCAGCAUUUCCACUGAUUGUGCUUUAGACAGCAAAUUUCUACUUAAAUCUGUGUGAGGCUACUGUUGAUUUCACUGAGGGCACAUGACAAAGUGUUUCUGUUUGAUUACAUCAUACUGUAUCCUGCAUUUUGUUGCUUUGCCUGUCUGAAAAUAAAGAUAACUGGGUUUUUUUUA